AAACCAUUAACGGGAAUAUAUUUGCAGCUGGGCUGGACAAAUUAUUUCCACUUUAGUCUAACAGGAUUCCAGUACCAAGUACCUGACAAACUGAAUGCUUCUUAGUACAGUAAUUUCAGAACCAACUAAAUGCUGAAUCUUUUGCUAAAUUACAAGAUAUAAUAUCUUCCAUUUUUGUCUUGAGCAUUAAAACCAUAGAUUAUAUGCAAUUAACGAAGGAUUACGCGUGCUACAUUUGUCAUCAGAUGGAAGAAUUCGGAUUUUGCAACCAAGUUUUCAACGAAAACUUGAAAAAUCCAUUGACAGAUUAUGUCGGUUUGACCCAGAUUACAAUCAAUCAAGCUACAAUCAAUGCAACCAACGCACAUGCUUUUGUUCUGCAGCUUCUUCGGAACACAACAAACAGUGGAUUGAAAAAUGCUCUUAUUGUGUGUGAGAAUGGUUACAGAAUAGUACUGAUGCAGUCUUUCCAAGAUGCUUUCAAAUACUUUAACGAAAAAGAUUACCGCAGUAUGAUGAAGUCUGAACUGAUAACACCAAGGGCGCAACGCAGCUGUUCAACCAGUUUUAGUAUUCCUCCGUUUCUUGUUAACCCUCUGGUCAAUCGAAACAGGGAAAUGCGGAUCAUUAUCGGCAUGGCUGUGCUCACAGGACAUCAGUUUGAUACUUGAUAUAUAUUUAUCAUAUACUGAUUGUUUAGCUUGAACAUCAAGUUGGCAAAAAAAAGAUAUAUUUUACUGCUGCUGUUAGAAUCUGUGUGUGUUUUAGCUUUUUUGAUGCUCAAAUAUUUCUGUCCACAUUAUUUCA